GAAAUAUUCAGGAAGUUAUAUUACAAGAACACCUGGAAAAAGAAGAUGAAAUUCUGGUUUCCCUAGCUGGUUUGAAACAGAUCAAGGAUAUUCUGAAAGGUUCCCUGCGUUUCAACCAGAGCCAACUGGAAGCUGAAGAAAAUGAGCAAAUCACGAUCUCAGAUGACCACUACUGCUCCAACAACCAGAACAAGGGGACGAGUGAUGGCCUGAAGGGAUCUGUUAUGACAAAGCAACAGUGCGUCCCAGGACUUCAGGCUACACCUGGCUCAAGCACCAGUGAAACUAAGAGUGCUGAUGACUAUAUUCUGGUUUCCAAAGAAGAGGAAGGAACUAAAAGCAGUGCCCAGGAGCCAGCGCAGGCCCUUCUGACACACAAGGAGGCACCAGCGAAGCAGGAAGCUCCGUCUCGUUCUUCUUUGAUAUUCUCCGACCCGCUGAUGGGCUCCAUCUCGGCCUCCUCCAGCAACCUGAGCUCCAGCCCUGAUGAUGACAGUAGUAAUAACAGCAAAGAUUCUGAUUUUACUAUUGUCAGCCCCCUGGACCUCUAAAGAAACAGGCUGGGACAGGUGGUGAGGUCAGUUGUCACCUCAGCUCAAAUUGCUUUGAUUCCAGGGGCUGGAUGAUUCUUUGGAUUGGAAAGGCAGGCAGUAGAUAAAGGUAACCUAUUUCAGCUCCCAAAAGCCUCAAUUAAGAUAAAUAAAUAAAUUUGGUUGCAACUCAUCAAAAGAAUGCAAACCUUUUAAUGAUUGCCUUAAAUAAAAAUCCAGUAAACCCCAGGUCUAAUAUACAUUUAUACUUAGUUUUAGAAUUAUCUUAGGAGCUUUAUUACCAUAGAUCUGUUGCUUUCCUGGUACAUAGAAUAGUAUGUGCUGAGUACUGUAAUGGAUUAGGAAAUACUUAGAUACUUGGCACCAGUCCUGAAGUGGCAAAGGCGAGCAGAGUUAAUAACUUCCAUUUACAAAAUAUGCCAGACUGGGUUUUCUGAGGGGAAAAGGGUACUAUCUGCUCAGAGACUGAGCUUAGCAAAACUGG